UUUUGUCAGCAUAAAUUUUAUACAAGUUUUUUGGUGCGUUAAAAAUGUUUAUAUUUUUACCAGAAAAGUUUAGAGACUGUAUGGUACGCCUCGACGUGUUAGAAAUUUGAAUUUUGAGGGGUUAAAACUUUUGGACGGCCCUGCCGACGGUGCACCCCUCCCGCGUAGCAGCGUGAGUGUUCACGCCGCCGACCCCCACCGCCGCCGCCACCACCACGACCUCGAGAUAGCCGAGGAACAGCCGCCGCUCCGAAGCAAACGACGCCGCAGUCCGCACUCUACGAUCGGUCGUUCGCGGAUCCGGAGUGCUCGUUUCUCCGUUCCGAUCUGAUCGGCGUGCAUCUGUGAAUUCACAUACGACAGCGUCGGUGAAAAUCAGUGCACUUGGAAGAGCCUCAAUAAGGAUGUGGCGGGAUCCUCCAGGCGGAGGGUACAAGAAACCCAUCCACAUUGUCGCUAUGCUGCUGCUAGUCCUGGCAUUGACAACGGGUAUAAGCAAUACGGUCUCAGCUGAAGAUGCAUCUAUGGGACCGGUGUUUGUCAAGGAACCACCAAACCGGAUUGAUUUCUCAAACGGAACCGGAGCUGUCGUCGAAUGCCAGGCAAGAGGAAACCCACAACCGGAUAUCAUCUGGGUGCGUUCUGAUGGAACUGCUGUGGGAGAUGUUCCCGGAUUGAGACAGGUUCUGCCAAACGGAAAUUUGGUGUUCCCUCCUUUCCGCGCUGAAGAUUAUCGUCAGGAAGUUCACGCUCAGGUCUACAGUUGUUUGGCACGUUCCCCUGCAGGUUCGGUACACAGCCGUGAUGUCAACGUGAGAGCUGUCGUCACUCAGCCUUACAAUCCGGAGAUCUUGACCGAAUACGUUAUAAGGGGAAACAGCGCGAUAUUAAAAUGCAGCAUCCCCAGUUACAUCGCAGAAUUCGUUACUGUCGAGGCGUGGAUUCGCGAAGAUGGAGAGGUCUACCUACCGGCAGAUCUUACGGUUGCACAGGAUGGAAAAUAUCUGGUACUGCCAUCCGGAGAGUUGCACAUCAGGGACGUCGGGCCCGAGGACGGAUACAAGACCUACCAGUGCCGCACAAAGCACAGACUCACCGGCGAAACUAGGCUGUCCGCGACGAAGGGCCGUCUCGUCAUUACUGAACCGGUUGCCAGUACGAAACCAAAAUUUCCAAUGACAGAAAAUUCUCGCACUUUCACAACAUACACCGUGCAACGUGAGCGGCCUCUAACUUUACCAUGUCCAGCUCAAGCAUUUCCAGUACCGAAUUACAGAUGGUACAAGUUCAUCGAGGGCACCUCGAGGCGUCAGCCGGUCCAGCUGAAUGAGCGCGUACGUCAGGUCAGCGGCACCCUGAUCAUUCGCGAGGCUCGAGUCGAAGAUUCUGGCAAAUAUCUUUGCAUCGUCAAUAAUUCGGUCGGCGGCGAGAGCGUGGAGACCGUUUUGACCGUUACGGCGCCGCUAACCGCGGAGAUCGAGCCAAGAACGCAGACCAUUGACUUUGGAAGACCAGCAACCUUCACUUGCACCGUCCAAGGCAAUCCAAUUAAGACCAUCUCCUGGCUCAAGGAUGGCAAACCCCUUGGUCUGGAAGAUCGCGUGCUGAGGAUCGAGAGUGUGAAGAAGGAGGACAAGGGAAUGUACCAAUGCUUCGUCAGAAAUGAUCAGGAAAGUGCGCAAGCAACAGCAGAGUUAAAACUUGGUGGAAGAUUUGAGCCGCCACAGAUCCGUCAAGCUUUCGCCGAAGAGACUCUUCAGCCCGGACCGAGUAUGUUUUUGAAGUGUGUUGCCAGCGGGAAUCCCACCCCCGAAAUUACCUGGGAACUUGAUGGAAAACGGUUGUCGAACACCGAGAGACUGCAAGUGGGACAAUACGUCACAGUCAAUGGUGAUGUCGUAUCGCAUCUGAAUAUUUCGAGCAUUCAUACCAACGAUGGUGGUCUCUACAAGUGCAUUGCUGCGUCAAAGGUUGGAGCCGCUGAGCAUUCUGCCCGUCUCAACGUUUACGGUUUGCCAUUUAUUCGUCACAUGGACAAGAAGGCGAUCGUUGCCGGAGAAACUCUGCGCGUCACUUGUCCUGUUGCUGGAUAUCCGAUUGAGAGCAUCGUUUGGGAACGAGACACUAGAGUCUUACCGAUCAAUAGGAAGCAAAAGGUCUUCCCUAAUGGCACACUUAUCAUCGAGAAUGUUGAACGAAUGAGCGAUCAGGCAACCUACACUUGCGUGGCACGCAAUGCACAGGGUUACAGCGCACGUGGAACACUCGAAGUUCAAGUCAUGGUCGCACCGCAACUGUCGCCUUUUACCUUCGGUGACGAAGCUGCCAAUGCGGGAGAGAUGGCGACUGUUCAAUGCGCCGUGAUAAAAGGCGACCUGCCUAUUGACAUAAUGUGGUCCUUUAACGGGCGUGUGAUCGACAUCGCGAACGGCGCAUUCGGCGAGCACAAUUAUGACAAUCCUGACAUAGUGAUAAGCAGGAGUAGCAAACGGGCCAGCCAACUGACGAUCGAAUCGGUAGCCGCAAGACACGCGGGCGAGUACUCGUGCACUGCGAGCAACACGGCCGGAACCGCUACCCACUCUUCGAUUCUUUCGGUAAACGUACCCCCUCGUUGGAUCUUGGAACCUACCGAUAAGGCAUUUGCUCAAGGAUCCGAUGCACGAGUGGAAUGUAAAGCCGACGGAUUCCCCAAGCCUCAGGUCACAUGGAAAAGAGCGGCUGGGGAUACGCCGGGAGAUUAUACCGACUUGAAAUUGAGCAACCCUGACAUUAGCGUGGAGGAUGGUACCCUCUCCAUUAAUAACAUACAAAAAACUAAUGAGGGCUAUUAUCUUUGCGAGGCUGUUAACGGAAUUGGAUCAGGCUUAUCAGCUGUCAUUCUCAUUUCGGUUCAAGCUCCUCCACAAUUCGAAAUUAAACUACGAAAUCAGACCGCUCGUCGUGGAGAACCAGCUGUGUUGCAAUGCGAGGCACAAGGAGAGAAACCAAUUGGCAUUUUAUGGAACAUGAACAAUAAGAGAUUGGACACAAAAAGCGAUCCUCGUUACACUAUUCGCGAAGAAAUCUUGGCCAAUGGAGUUCUGUCCGACUUGAGCAUCAAACGAACUGAAAGAAGCGAUUCUGCCUUAUUUACUUGCGUAGCUACGAAUGCCUUUGGCAGUGAUGACACUAGUAUCAACAUGAUCGUACAAGAGGUACCGGAAGUUCCAUAUGGUCUCAAGGUGUUGGAUAAAUCAGGACGUUCUGUACAAUUAUCGUGGGCCGCGCCUUACGACGGAAAUAGUCCAAUCAAAAGAUACGUUAUCGAGUACAAGAUGAGCAAAGGUUCCUGGGAAACUGAUAUUGACCGAGUACUCGUGCCUGGUUCACAACAGAAUGUAGCUGGAGUAUUUAAUCUAAGACCCGCGACCACGUAUCACCUUCGAAUCGUCGCUGAGAAUGAAAUCGGCAUAUCCGAUCCGUCUGACACGGUUACCAUUAUCACCGCCGAAGAGGCACCUACUGGUCCGCCAACCUCUAUCAAAGUGGAUCCUCUCGAUCAACAUACGCUCAAGGUGACAUGGAAACCACCUCCACGCGAGGACUGGAAUGGCGAAAUUCUCGGCUAUUACGUUGGGUACAGACAAUCGUCGGACAAGCCAUACAUGUUUGAGACUGUCGAUUUCUCCAAGGAGGACAUAAAGGAGCAUCAUUUACAGAUCGGCAACUUGAAGACCUACACUCAGUAUGGCGUAGUCGUUCAAGCAUUCAACAAGGUCGGCUCCGGACCAAUGAGCGAGGAACGUAGACAGCACACUGCAGAAGGCGUGCCCGAGCAACCACCUCACGACACUACCUGCACGACCCUUACCUCUCAGACUAUCAGAGUGUCUUGGGUGUCACCGCCACUCAGCGCGGCCAAUGGCGUUAUCACCGGCUACAAAGUCAUUUACGGACCCUCCGACACGUGGUACGACGAGAAUACGAAGGACACCAAAAUCACAUCUUCCAGUGAGACUAUAUUGCACGGCCUCAAGAAAUACACGAACUACAGCAUGCAGGUUCUGGCUUUCACAUCCGGUGGAGACGGCGUUAAGUCCGCACCAAUUCACUGCCAAACUGAGCAAGAUGCACCCGAAGCUCCCAUCGCUAUCAAAGCUCUAGUCAUGUCUGCGGAAUCCAUUCUUAUCUCAUGGCGUCCGCCCAGCCAGCCUAAUGGAGUUAUUUCUCAAUAUACUGUUUACACGAAAGCGGACAACGCAGAGGAGGCGACCAGCCAGAAAGUACCGCCAAAUCAACUAACUCACGAAGCAUCUGGAUUAGAUAAACAACUCAGAUAUGAAUUCUGGGUGACCGCUAGUACGAACAUCGGCGAAGGUGAAGCUUCCAAGAUUGUGACUUUAGGACCAAGCGUUCGAGUACCAGCUAAGAUUGCGUCGUUCGAUGACAAGUUUACUGCGACAUACAAAGAGGAUGUUAAGUUGCCGUGUCUUACUGUCGGUGUACCCGCACCAGAAGUAACAUGGAAGGUACGAGGUGCUACACUUCAACCGAGCGAUCGACUGCGGCAAUUACCUGAGGGAUCAUUAUUCAUCAAAGAAGUCGAUCGCGCGGACGCUGGAGAAUAUUCUUGUUAUGUGGAAAACUCUUUUGGACACGACACUGUGACUCAUCAGCUGGUCGUACAUGCUCCUCCGCACUCCCCGCAGGUUACCCUUACCGCCACCACUACUAAUUCAUUGACGAUGAAGUUGCGCCCUCAUCCAACCGAUAACGCACCGAUUCACGGUUACACGAUUCAUUACAAACCCGAAUUCGGUGAUUGGGAAACCGUUCAGAUCAGCUCUACAGCACAGAAAUAUACUCUCGAAAAUUUGUGGUGCGGUUCCCGAUAUCAGAUCUAUGUCACGGCUUAUAACGGAAUCGGAAUUGGCGAUCCUUCGGACAUUCUGAACACGCGCACAAAGGGCUCUAAACCAAUUAUUCCUGAAGCGGCAAGAUUCAUUGAGGUAUCCACGAAUAGCAUCACUCUGCACUUGAGCACCUGGUCGGACGGUGGCUGCCCGAUGUUGUACUUCGUUGUUGAACAUAAGAAGAAGUUGCAACAGGAAUGGAACCAGGUAUCGAAUAACGUCAAGCCGGGCGGUAAUUUCGUAGUUUUGGAUUUGGAUCCCGCUAGCUGGUAUCAUUUGCGUGUCACGGCUCACAAUAAUGCCGGUUUUGCCGUGGCUGAAUAUGAAUUUGCAACUUUGACGGUGACUGGCGGAACAAUCGCACCUCCUGUACGUAAUAGCGGUAACGAUAACACCGCGGAUGUGAGACGAUACUUUCCAUGGUUACCCAGCUGGCUUGAUGUAAAUGUGGUAGUGCCGGUCGGCGCGACAAUCGUUGUCAUAAUAGUAGGAAUAGUUGUCAUUUGCGUGGCACUCUCGAGAAGAACUCGAGGUCCGGAGCAAACGCGGCUGCGAGGUAUCUCUUCAGCCGACGAGAAAUAUUACGAGGGACAAUAUGACGUAGUCUACCAGCAGACUGGAGUUGGCGGCGCUACACUAGAUAAACGUAGAUCUGAUCUUCGCGAUGAACUGGGCUACAUCGCGCCACCGAAUCGCAAGCUUCCACCUGUGCCUGGUUCGAAUUAUAACACCUGCGAUCGUAUCAAGCGAGGUGGAACUGGCUCGUUAAGGAGUCACUCGACGUGGGAUCCGAGGCGACAUAUGUAUGAGGAAUUGAGUCACUACGCGCCGAACAGGAGAUGCCCACCGCCACCACGCUUGGGCAGCGCGGACGGUCUUUCGCACAGAGGUAUGGAGGAUGAGAUUUGCCCGUAUGCUACCUUCCAUCUAUUGGGAUUCCGCGAAGAAAUGGACCCGAGUAAAGCUAUGCAAUUCCAGACCUUCCCUCAUCCAGGAAACGGCCAUUCUGGCACUAUGGGACCACCCGUAGGACAUCCAACUAACGCUUCUGCUCAUAGCCGCUCUGGAUCUCAAUCUAUGCCCCGUCAAAAUGGCCGCUACUCUCGAGUGCCAUCCCAAGGAGGCGGCAGCGGCACGCACAAUGUCUUCGCACCCGAAUACGAUGAUCCGGCUAACUGUGCUCCCGAGGAAGACCAGUACGGGUCGCAAUACGGGUCACAAUACGGCGCACCUUACGAUCAUUACGGAUCACGCGGAUCGGUUGGACGUCGUAGCGUAGGCUCGGCUCGCAACCUUCCUAUGUCUAACUCGCCGGAGCCGCCUCCACCGCCGCCGAGGAACCACCAGGAUCAGAACAACUCUAGCUUCAACGACAGCAAGGAGAGCAACGAGAUCAGCGAGGCCGAGUGCGAUCGUGAUCAGCUUGUCAAUCGCAACUAUGGCGUGAAUGCUCGCGGCAAGGACGGCAUGACCACCGAGGAGAUGCGUAAACUCAUAGAGAGGAAGCCAAACGAAGCUCCCGGCCGGCAAACCGGCGCCCCCCACGGCAGUCACGGGGGACUCCUCACACCCUACGAUACUGUGGCAGUGUAACCUGUAAAUCGUCAUCUUCCGUGGUCUUCCGCCUCUCUCGAUAGCCGGCGAUCGCGAGGAAAGCAUAGUCGAGAGAUGCGGAAAUGAAGCGCACGCCAACUCUUCCCCCGGUGCUGUCGUCGGUCCAAUUUGCAACGAUUUACGAUAGAAAUUAGAGACGUCGUCGCGAGUAGAUAGAUUCGAUUUACCGUUUAAGGUGUACGCGUAUUGAUAUCAUCUCGAGAUCGUGAUUACGGACGAGAAUUUUGCAGAGUCUGCCUCGCAAAAUGGGACCGCCUCCUUCGCCCUUUCGCGACUAUAUCACGUAAAUGUCCUUUUCUCACUUUCGCUCUUCGGCCUUCCGCUCUUUUCAUGUACUUCCUCGGGUACGUUCGUUUGCAUUUAAUCCUGGCUGAAGGCCCAAUUUCAAAACUGCCUUGUUUUUAAUCAACUUUUUCGAACUGAAUUUUAAUCGAUUACGCACAUUAUCGGGAAGGCCAAACUUAAGACUGUCUAUAUCUACUGCCCUUACCGCGAAGGAGGCACAGCGAUUCGUGAGGUCAGCCACGCUAUGUUCGUAAUAACUCUUUUACCUGGGUCUCCUGGAACUCCUCGCGUACGUUCGACUACAUCGUUCGAAAAAAAAUUUUUUUACGCUAACCUGAUCGAAGAAAACGACUUGCGUUUUGAUACGUGUCUUCCUCGAUGAUGAUGCGCGUUCGGAUUCGAUGAGAUUUGUGAAGAUACUCUCGACGACGCAAAUUUAUAAAUUCAACUAUCCAUCCUCGCACGUGAUGCAAUAUUCCGAUUAUCGGGGAGAAUUUGUUUUCGUCGAACGUGCACGCGGGAUUCCGAGGCUCGAGAGACCUGCCGCGAGGGAGACUGUCCUGUAGGAAGGCGAACACAGCCGGAAGUCGUGUUCGCGGACGCUCAGCUGCGGCAGAGACGCGGCCCGCGAUGGUGCUCUCGGCGACGGUGGAUUUAACGGGGGUCUUCUGAUAAAUAUAUAUCCGGGAUAUGAUCCUAGGUUAUACAUUCGUCGCGGAAAUUGCGUAAUGAUAACGGGGAAAAAAGAAGGAAGGAAACAUCUGGAACGACAUAAAUGCGUAUACAUGAGAUUAGUUGGUCGCUUUUUAAGUCAUGGUUGUGCCACACUGCCGCUCCCUGCGGGCGUACGAUAUUUAGAUACAUACGUACACACAUAUACUAUAUACAUAUACUAUACGAUUUAUAAUUUCGUAACGAAGGUUGUGUCCCCAUCUCCUCGCCCCCUAACACCCCCCCCCCUCCAAUCCCCUUGACGAUCGGUAAUCUUGAGUCUCGACGUCGCGGAGAGCAAGAUUUAUAGGGUACGUCGUCGCUUUUUUCGUCUUUCGUCGCCGUCGUCGUCGUCGUCCUUCUAGCGAUCUAAUUUAAGCGAUCGAUUCGAGACAUUCCCAUCGCUCGCUCGAAAGGGGAGAGAGAUUGAGAGAGGUCCCGUACACACACGAGAACACCGGAUCGACUGUCCGUAGGAAGAACAACAACGCGGCAAGCCAUCGAGGGAACGCUUCGGUAACUACACGGCAGGCCAGCCACAUAACAUUUACAUAACAAUACAUAUAACAUCAUCGCCACGCGCGCUGGCGCGUACACGCAAUAUACGCCAUACACUAUUACACACUUGCUGUCGUCCUAUAUGAUAUAGAUAUUUAGAUAUCCGCUGUAAACACCUAAUUAUUCCCCAAGCCCUUCGUGCUAAUCUUCUAGCAUCGAUCGAUCUGCGACGUACCGUACGUAAAGAUUCACUGACAUCGCGACGAUGAUCGUUACAGGUGUAAGCGAUUCGAGUAAUAUAAAAGAAAGCUGACGAUUUAACGUAGAUAGCUUGUAAGUCGGACGGAUGGUCGCGAGAAGGCGUCGUUGGAUUCUCGCGACGAGGCGAGAGGUCGGGAUUCUGGUUAACGUAUUAUCUCAGGAGACGCGAGUUCGAAUUGAAGUUGAUCUUGUCUUUCUAACUUGUCGCCCGGACGCGAUCGGACGACACAUGAUCUUUCGUUGGUUCGAUGUGCGAGCGAGGUGAAGCGGAUGCUUCCCGAGCUUCUUUCGGAUGCACGCCAGCCCGACGUCGCGCGACGCCGCGGCUACGACGCCGUGUCUCAUAGUUCGUUUUUAUCACGAUACUAUUUCUAGAUAUAUACAUAUAAAUAUAAAUAUAAAUAUAUAUAUAUAUAUUAUAUAUAUAUAUACGCUAACUAUAUACAUACGUUGUAAGUAGCUAUUUCUAGGUGUCGCAUUUGUUUGCCGAGGCGAUGCGCGAGCCGGCUGCCAGUUGGGCGACCGGGUCGAGAAGCACCCUCCUCCGCCCUCCCUCUGAGAGUAACGUCUGAUCGCAACGCGGAUUGUAACACCAAUCGCGCGUAUUUAAUUCUAGAUCGCGAACAAGUCACAUCUUGAGAGUUCAUUGCUCCUUGCUAGGGUCAUCAUUAACUCAAUUUCAUCUAUUAGAUUUAUCGUUCAAAAAAGUCAACAUUUUCAAAAUUAUUUGAUAUUAAUAUAUUCUGGUGCUAUCAUGUUUCGAUUAGUUCGAAUUACAAUUAGUAUGGCCUAAAUUGCUACUGCCGUCAUUUCGUGAUAUAUUGUGAAUGGAAUUAAAGCCAAAUGCGCACACACGGUCGAAAGUUUUUUUUUUCCCGUAAUGCUCAAAGCGAGCUUCACACAAGGGUGCUUCGUACAUUUGAGUCGCCUCUGCCCAUGCAGAGGAAUUCCUACCCUCUGCCAUUCUCGAAACUGGCCGCGCGGCUCGACGCGCCAACGCACUUUUACUCAUCGAUGUGAUUUUAAAAGGCUGCGCAGAAAGCCUCGUGUCUCGUGUAUAUGUUACGAUCGCGCUCUUACCGUAAUUAACGUAGACGUAUCUCGUACCCCGAGUCACCCUUUACGAUUUACACAGUAUCACGUUCUACUCACGUAACUCAAUAUUUCCCUCCCCCCUCUCCUUGUCCCUGUCAACGUGAAAAACCUUGUCGCUUUGAAUCGCUUCCGAAUCUAACCAGAGCUAUUACGGCACAAGCCGAUAAUGAUGAUAACGAUGAUAAUGAUAUUAAUGCAUUCGUAAUAAUAUAAUAGUAAUAAUAUGAUCACGUCCCGCGCGUUACCUUGGUCGCGGUUUAUCUUUUUGUCUUUAAGCGAGGUGGACGUCCGCGACGUCGCACAGGUGAUAAACGUUUAUGUUGUGAACGGCCCGGGGUGGCCGGCAAGAGAGGGGUUGAGGUGAAAAACGAGAUGGCAUUUAGCGACAAUCAGUUAAAUCGGAAUUUCGGCUGAACAUCAAAUGUUUCUUGCAAGCUGAAACGAAUUGAUAAACGGGUUGAUGAAUAUCGACUGAAAGACUGACAUUUUUACGUCCACUUUUGCUUACCGCCAAUGCUUUGCAUCCAUCCAAUGUAAUUUUCGCUCGCGGUUGCUUUGCCCUCACACAGUAGCAUCCACGUUAAGAUCGGUACCGUUCGCCGCUCGAUGGCCCCCUCUUGCCGAACACCCCAUGAGCCCAUCGUUCGCUCGUCGCGCUUUUCGUGAUCGACGUUAUACUGCAUAGUAAUUCUUUGCAAGAGUCGACGUUACUAUUUUUUUUGUGUGGAGAGACGCCGCGAUGCGUGUCGCUCGCUUGUGUAUGCUUGAUUGAUAAUAUGCGUUGAAAGCAUUUGGCUGUUCUUUUCGUACGACGGCGAACGCGGUUCUUCGAGGAGCUCUUGUGGAGCCCUCCCCCCUUCCCGCCUUCCUUACCUUACGUCGCGUCGCCUGUCAAACUCGAAGCGUUUCCUUCGCGUCCUUUUGACGAUCCUCGCGCACGUUGCGAAAGAAUUGCGGGAACGUGACUCGUUUGAUAAUGGAAGAGAAUCGAAGACGUAUGUAAAGAAAGAAAAGAGAGAAAGGAAAACUCGCGAAUACAACAUCCCUUGCGCUCGAGGAGACUCGAGGAUCCGCUCGCAGUGUACCGUUUCCUCUCAACGCCACUACUUUAUGUUUUUGUACCAAAGUUGUAGCGUCUAACUUUGCGUUGAAUAAAUAAACCUUAAAACAAU